GGCGUUGAAGGCGUUUUGCGGGAGCGGGUUGUUGGACAGCUGAAAAACGACACAUUUCAUCUUUAAUACAUAAAAACAACCGAUAUCAGGCCCCAGGAAUCCGGUUUAAUGGACUGUGGACAUGGCCUCCCUGCAGCUGUUCCUGGACCAGUUCAAACCCAGCGGGGAAGCCGAGCUCGUGUGGUUAAAGGAGGUUUUCAUCUUCAUCAAUCAAUACAUCGAUCCUGUGCUCUCUGGCUCCGCCCCUCCUGUCGCUGACGACUUCUUGACAGGUGGAGGUGUGUGUUCUGAUCCGCUGAGUGUGUGUGUGGUGAAGAAGAUACAGGAGAACAUGUCUGUGACACACACUUUACCUGUCAGCUACAGGCUGGUGUCUGUCCUGGAGCUGGUCUCCCAGCAGCACCUGGCUUGUGUCAGUAACCUGUCCUGGAGCACCAAUCAGCAGCGAGCGUGGGCGAAGGAGGCGGAGCUUUCUUUGCCGGGUCAUCGGGCGCUGCCUCGGGUCCACCUGCUGCUGAUUGGCUGUCUGAGAGAGGGGCGGGGCGGCGGGUGGAGGCUGACGGACGCCAGCGGCAGCGUCAGGUGUGAGUGCCUGUCUCCCUCUCCUCUGUGGCUGAACCGUCCCGUCUUCCUCCCUCACUGGAACUUCAUCCAUCACACUGCCCCGGGACGGGACCAGGACGAGUCCGGAGGCCACGUGGAGCUGAUUGGUUCUCCUGUUCUGCUGUGUCCCGGUCCUGUGGGGGGAUUGGCUGCUGGUCCCGGCGGAGGGGCGGAGCUUAGCAGAGCAGUGGGAGUCAGAGAGGCUGCUGGUUUACUACACGACAGGACUCGUGGACAGCGUCUAUCUGUCUGUGGUCAAGUGGGUUCAGUCUGCCCUCUGCUGGUUGUAGCAGGAACGACCUUCUUCUGCUUCUCGCUGACAGACGCCUCCCACAGUCUACCUGUCCUCGUAAAGGACAGCAGCAGGCUGUGGUGGACUCAGUGUGUGUGUGUUGGUCAGAGUGUGUGUGUGACGGCAUUGCGUGUGUGUGUCCUACGAGGCUGGAGAGGAAACAACAUCCUGUGUGUGAGCAGCCAGUCUGAAUUACACACCAACUACACACACGUACAGGUACACACACAGACUGACUCACAGUUGGACGCGCCCCCACCGAAGGUGAUGUCACACAUUGGUGAUGACUGCGAGGAGGCGGAGACUGAGAUAGACACCGUCCAAUCAGCUGUCAGGAUGAAACGGUCCAAAGUCAUAAGUUACCAGGGUACUGUGACUGAUGUCGUGAGUGAGGGGGCAGGGCUAUAUGUGAUUGACAGGAAGGUGGGUCUGUGCCUGGCCUAUCAGCCGAGUCUGAGGAGGACACUGAGAGCAGGAGACUCUGUGGAGCUCCAUCACGUCCACUUCCUGUACCGGCCCUGUCCCGACUUUCCUCCCAGCAUGCUCUGCACCUGUCUGCGCUCCAGCCUCAGGGUCACCGCCUUCAGCAGGCUGGGGGGGUCAUCGCUUGACUCCGGCUGCCCCGGUGAUGGAGCGUUACCACGGUUACUGCUGGAGAAAAACAUGGACCUGUCUGCGUACCUGUGGACCUGUCACCUGAGCUCACAGCUCACACACAGUCUGUUUCCCAGUGUAUUAAAGGAGCAGUGUGUGUGUGUGUUGUCCUGGAAGCUAAUGGAGUGUGUGUGGAGAGGACGAGGACGAGGACGAGGAAGGAGGGAUAUCUAUUCAGAGAUGUUGGACAAGCCUCACACCUGUCCUCUGACACAGUACAGUGUUGACCCCGCGGUGCAUCAGUACAUCAGUGUCUCAGAGCUCAGUCAGUCUCUGCAGUCAGACUGCUGGUCUUCAGUCUCUCUGAGCUCUCUACUGCCUCCUGGUGGAUCCAGUCUGACCAGAUCUCAGAUCAACACGGCCCUGGCCUGGUCCUGCAGGACUCUGACGUCUGACCCCCAGAACAACCCCCAGGCUGGAGACAGACUCAGGCAGCGCCCCCUGCUGUUGGUCGGGAUGUUGGAGCUGCCAUCACACUCUGAACACACUCUGCAGCUGAGAGACGGGACAGGAGCUGUGGCCUGCGUCGUCACCGAAACCAGCGAAGAAGAGGAGGGAGGUCAGAGGGCGGCCUUCAACACUGCCUGGAUCGGUUGCCUGGUGUGUGUCCAGCAGUUCACCAUGGUAACAGAGAGAUUCAUCCAAUCAGAAUUUCCCUCCUACCAACACCUGGACCAGGACAAGUACAUCACACACAAACACUACAGGGUUUACCUGCAGUUUUGUCUGAACCACCUCCACAUCCUGAGUCCGUCUGUUGCCAUGGUUACACACCUGCGACAGAGGGGGGAGGAGUCAGGAGGUGAUGUCACAGGGAGGAAAGAAAUGGAGGAAGGUCAGACUGCAGGGAGGAAGAGAGGAAGAGAGGAAGAGGAACCAGACUCCUCCCACUCUGCAUCCUCCUCUGUCACCAUGACGACUGACCCUGUGGGUGGCGUCUCCUUGCCUUGCGUCUCCUUGGUGAUUAGGGUGGAGAACAAGGAGGGCGUGGCCUGGAGGAAUAUUGGGGCGGAGUUAAAUCGGAGGGAUGCGGGGCUGAUUCUGUGCUUCUCUGUCAGAGCUGCUGUGAUUGGUCCAGCGGUCACCUGGGGGCGGGACCCGAAGAACAGACCAAUGACAGACAGAGAGACAGGCACAGAGAAAGACAACAAGGUAGACCUGGUGUUCUCAGGUGUGUCAGCUCGCUGGUUUCCUGUCCUACAACCUGGAUCUUUCUACAGAAUCGUCGCUGCCAACACACAGGAUCCCAGUGUUUUGAUUGGCUGUGGUGUUCCUGGGCAGAGCAGGGUGGAGCUCCACACUGAUUCCACCCUUCAGGUCCGGUCUGAUUGGAGGUUCCACACUCUCACCCGCCCACUUCUGCUGCACACCUACAGACAGGCUCACUCGCCCACAGUCCUGACGGUCUCGGAGGUGUUGGACUGCAGGUCUGAGUUGGUGUGUUUUCGGGCUCUGGUGUCCGACAGGAUCAGUCUAAACGACAGGAUGAGUGACUCUACAGACACACACACAGGUGUGCGUCUCACAGUAUGUGACAGAUCUGGGAGGAGUCUCCAUGUGUACCUGGACUUGAGCCACACCCCUUAUCCACCUGGUCUGUUGCCUGGCAACACACUGCUGCUCUCUGCUUUCCACAGGAGGAUGUCCAGGACAGGGAGUGUGUACUGCAGUUAUUUACCUGUCAGCUCAAUAACUGUCAUCUCUCUGGGAGAUACGAGUUGUGCUCGACCUGCUCCUGCUCCCAUGAUGCAUCUGGGUGUGUGGGCGGGGAGCAGGGAGCACAGGUGUGUUGUGGGUCAGGUGAAAGGUCACGUGGUGUGUUUCCUGUUCCUGGAGCUGCAGUGGAGCUGCUCGCUGUGUGGGAGCCUCUACGUACAGUCUUGUUCCAGUUCUCAGUGUCUUUCAGCCUCGGCGGUCUUUCAGUCCAAAGCAAAAGUGGUGAUUGAUGACGGGACAGGUGAGGCUCACGUCUGGUUCUCAGGUUCUCUGGUUCGUCCUCUGCUGGGGUUGGCUGAUUCUCAGUGGGAGGGGCUUCAGAGAGCGCUCAGGGUCAGAGGCAACAUCAGAGUCUACGCCCAGGGGCGGAGCUUGGUGUGUGACUCGGAUGACGCUCUCCUCCACUUCCUGUUGUGUGUGUGCAGCAGUGAUGCAGUGUGUCGUCAGCUCUCUCUCACCUGCAGGAAACACAGCAACCAGAGAUCAGAAGAGGUGAAGAGGUUCAGCCGAGGAGACAGAGACUUCAUGACCAGGAUGACUCAUCCUCUACAGCUCACCUGUCUGCACAUCAGCACUGACUGACCUCACCUGUACACAUCAGCACUGACUGACCUCACCUGUCUGCACAGCAACACUGACUGACCUCACCUGUAAACAUCAACGAUGACUGACCUCACCUGUAAACAUCAGCACUGACUGACCUCACCUGUUUAAUAAUCAGUCACAGUAAUAUUCAGAUUUUGAUUUUGUUCUAUUUCUGUUAAUUUAGUUUUUUAUGUAAAUGAUUAAAUCUUAAUGUUUUUCUUGUGAAGUCUGUUAAUUUUACACACCAGCCACCUUUUGUCAUGGCAACACAACAGUCCACACAUACCUGACAGUCACACCUGAGCCAGGUAAAAAACCAAACACAAAACAGACAAAGGCAGCAGCAGAUAUCACCUGUGUUUUUAUCAUUUCAGUGUCAAUUAUUGAGGAAACAAUGAACUGAGAGAACAUCAGUGAAGUUAAUCCUGAAUGAAGAAAACCUCGGAACAGUCUGGACUCUGUGAAACAUCAACAAACCAGAUUCAGUCAUGAACAGUCGAACUGUGUUUCCUGACUUCAGUUUUAUUUAUUCAGCACCGAAUCACAGCCAAAUAAAUAACAGGAAGUGUUUGUCGACAUCAGCAGUAACAGUGUGAACAUGUCUGUGCUGCCAUGUGAUGACAGUCUGCUCAUCACUGUGUUACUGCAGAGGCAGAGAAAUGUAAUUCAGACAUUUGACAGUUUGACAGACAUGUCGUCUCACUCACAUCACGCCUGAUUUUGUUUCUAAUAUUCCUGCAUAUACAGCAGGUGAAACUAAUGAAUACAGAUGUUGUUCUUCUCUUUAUAGAAACCACAGUCAGACAUGAACACACAGCUGUUAUUGACCACUGAGAUCUCUGUUCAUGUGUCUGCACAGUGAAGAUUUAAACAGCAUAUCAGCCGUCCAUAUAUACCAAUUAUACCAUAAUUUGGCUUAACUGGUGUUCUGGCCGACACACCGGGGGGAACCCAGUGACAAACACAGAACUGGUGCCCAGACAGCACAUUCGUAUCUUCACUGCAUGGACACUUCAUAGUGAGCUCAGACCUUCGAUAUAUCACAGAGAUCAGGGAAUACACAGCUACAGCAGAGCGUGAAGAGUCAUUCACAGGGGCUAUUCUUUGGGUUUCAGGAAAAUUAAGAUUGCUAUUGAAGUGUCUAACCUGUAGAAGGCAAUAAAAUGUUUAGAUGGUACGCCACAUUUAGCUUUGAGUUGUUCAAAUAAUAAUUUUUCAGCCUCAAACAAAUCACUAACAAUCCUGAUGCCGUGAUCGUACCAGCACAGAAAUAUGUUCGUACCCAGUCCAGGGGAAAGGCUUUGGUUUGUAUAAUGGGGUGCAGGGCUGUUGACCCCUCCUUUGAGUGAACUUCACAAUCUUCUCCCAGGUUUUGGGAGAUAUUCAACCAGCUUCCUGUUGUGUGCUGCAAACCACCGUCUGACCAGAUGUGAGCGGUGAAAACAGACAUUAUCCCACACAGCAACAUACUUGUUGAGUUGGCCUCCACCCCCCUCAUUCUCAGGGACUAUGUCCCUGUAAAGUCAGCAGAUGCUGUGUAUUAUAUGAACCGAGAAGGGGGGUGUGGGUGAGGACGCCAUCGUCUGAGAUGGCUGCACACAGUAACGUUCCCUCGGCGUUGGCCGGGACAUCAGUGGUUGCUCUCUGUCCAGUGUAAUUUCUUCCACGCCUUCCACCUUUGGCCAGAUUGAAACCCGCCUCAUCAACGUGUAUGAAUGUGUGCAGCGGUUCCCUGGCUUCCAGCUCCAGUACACGCCUUAGAGAGCGGUGCCUAUGUGGUGCAGAGUAAAAUUAAAAUGUGAAGUAAACAGAAGAUACUAUGAGAUGUUGGAUUACUGACACCUGUUCUCCCUACGAAAUGUCUGAAUGAUUGAAUCCA